GUGGGAGGUUAUCAGUCCAGGUUCGGGGAGGGAGAGGGUAGAGUUACACUUUUACCAGCGGCUCCUCAGACACCGCCGCCUGGUCCCGCCGCCUGGACAAUGCCUGUGGAGGAGUUCGUGGCCGGCUGGAUCUCUGCCCCUCUCCCCUCAGGGCAGACCGUGCCCUCAGACUGGCGUGAGGGGCCUCACUCAUGGCACCUUCUUGUCGCCACAGGAGCUCUGGGCUUGGCCCUGGGACACCCCUUUGACACUGUAAAGGUGCGGCUGCAGACCCAGAGCACUUACCGCGGCAUCGUCGACUGUAUAGUCAAGACCUAUCGCCAUGAGUCGAUCCUGGGCUUCUUCAAGGGGAUGAGCUUCCCCCUCGCCAGCAUAGCUGUGGUCAACUCAGUCCUGUUCGGGGUCUACAGCAAUGCCCUGCUGGUGCUCACGGCCACCUCCCACCAGGAGCGGCGGGUCCAACCCCCCAGCUAUACGCACGUCUUCAUAGCUGGCUGCACCGGGGGCUUCCUGCAGGCCUACUGCUUGGCCCCUUGCGACCUCAUCAAAGUGCGGCUACAAAACCAGACAGAGCCGAGGGCACAGCCCGGGAGCCGCCCGCCCCGCUACCAGGGGCCCGUGCACUGCGCCGCCUCCAUCUUCCGGGAGGAGGGGCCCCGCGGGCUGUUCCGGGGCGCCUGGGCUCUGACGCUGAGGGACACCCCCACGGUGGGGAUCUACUUCGUCACCUAUGAGUGGCUCUGUCGCCAGUUCACGCCAGACGGCCGGACCCCCAGCUCAGCCACCGUGCUGGUGGCCGGGGGCUUCGCAGGCAUCGCCUCCUGGGUGGUGGCCACGCCCUUGGACGUGAUCAAGUCCCGGAUGCAGAUGGAUGGGCUGAAGCGGAGCGAGUACCGGGGGCUGCUGGACUGCAUGGUGACCAGCGCCCGGCGGGAAGGGCUGGGGGUCUUCUUCCGGGGGCUGACCAUCAACAGCGCCCGCGCCUUCCCUGUCAACGCCGUCACCUUCCUCAGCUACGAGUACCUCCUCCGCUCGUGGGGGUGAGCCUGGCCGGGCGCGGCCAGCGCCGAGUUCCCCAGUGGGACUGACCGCCCGCCACCCGGCUGCCCAGACUGAAGGCCACGUUGAAAGCCCCAGGCUGAGAUUUCCAUGGAAGAGGCUCCACCUUCCUUGUCAAGGCUCCUCCCAGUCCAGGAGAUGCGGAUGCGGACGGGGAGACAGCACCCCGGGGGGCCCCACCCAGAACCCGCGGCUGGCCUCAGCCUCCAGGAGCUCUUGCGGGGAUUCCUGCGUAAACUCAGUCACCAGUGGUGCUGGGGGCAGUCCUGCCCCUGUCCCGUGACUUCACCCCUUCAAGCGCUCAGCCUCCACUCCGCUGCCUGGCUGCUAACGACCCUCUGGGUCCCGGGGGCAGCGUCCGCCUCCCCUCCCCUCCCCCACCCCGUCGGACUGCUCUCUGCCAGACUCGACAGUGGCCUUUACUCCUCCUGGCCAUCGGAGUCCUUCAGCGACUCCCAGCAUGCUCAGGGAAAAGCCCAGCCCCCGCCCCCUCCCGAUGGGGCACUGGGGCACCCCCUGCCCACUCACCUCGGUCACGGCCCUCACCUGUGUCGUGGUGCUUGGCCAACUCUCAUGAACCUGCGAGCUCCCGGAGGCCGGCAGCCGCACGCCUGCUCCUUUCCCAGCUCACAGCCCGGCGUCGCAUUCCCGGCCUCUCUCCUGACUCCAGCCACCCCGCCUGCUUCCUGGGUCGUGUCCCUGUCCCACCAAUGCUCCCAACCCCUCACUGAGGGGUUUGCCUACCCUGGGGUCACUCCCAGUGGAGGGGUACCAGAAGCUGGGGGUAUCUGCCAGGCCCGCUCCCCUGCCUGGCACAUGUUUACUUGUGUCAGUUGCAAAGUGGGCAUUCAAAACUGCCUAAGAAGGCCCUGGCUGGUGUGGCUCAAUGGACUGAGCACCAGCCUGCGAAUCAAAGGGUCGCCAGUUCGAUUCCCUGUCAGGGCACAAGCCUGUGUUGCAGGCCAGGUCCCCAGUAGGGGCACGAGAGAGGCAACCACACACUGAUGUUCCUCUCCCUCUCUUUCUCCCUCCCUUCCCCUCUCUCUAAAAAUAAAUAAAAU